AUGAAGAAUUUAAUUAACGAACCCUCGACAGAUUUCCAUAUUAAGUUAAAUGAACAGUCAUUUAAAAUACCAACAAGGUUAUUGAAGAAGAAUAAUCUUCAAUUAAGUUCAUUAAUUGAAAGUGAAACAAAAGAACUACAAGGAGAGUUUUUAGAAUUGCAAAAAUUAAUGAAUGCUAACAAUUUGCAGGAUGAUAAAUUAGCAUUGGCAAAAAUGAAUGAUAUUAUCAAAAAUGUUGAUAUGUUUGAAAAGAAAUUGAAUAAGAAAAUAAAUGAAGAGAUGGAAUUGUUGAAUAGAAUACAAACCAGAAUUAAUUUUUUUGAGGAUUUAGAAAGUGCUAAAAAUAGUGGAAACGAAUCUAUCUUAAUUACAUGGUAUCAAAAAUAUACAAAUGUAUUGAUAGGGGAUUAUUUGACUAGAAAUUCGUCAAUUAAUAAUACUGGUGCUAAUGGUGCAUUACCAUCUAUAAAUAUGGAUGAGGAAGAUGAUAUUUGGAAUACAGGUACAAUUUUCUUGAAACAACAACAUUUAGAAAAACUUUUGGACUAUGAUAUCUUAAUAAACGCAAAUAAAAUUUCUAAAGCUCUAACAGAAAAUCAUGAUCUCCAACCUUUAUUUACAUGGAUUCAAGAGAAUAAGCAUUAUCUAUCAAGACGUUCGUGUACUUUGAACUUUGAUGCAAGAUUACAAGAAUACAUUCAGUUGUUAAGACUGGGAAAGAAGCAUGAAGCAAUUUACUGCUUUCAAACAUACUUAAUACCAUUUAUAAGUACAAAUUUAGAGGACCUUAAAAGGGCAGCAGGCCUGUUGUUAUCACAUUGUAGUAAUAAAAUGGAAAUAAAUGUCUUCACUGAGGAAGAAUCAGAAUGUCCACCAGCUUUCAAUACUUUGGAUAAUAUCUACGGAUAUUUUUUUCAUAAAGAGGUUCCUAGAAAACUUUCCGAGAAGCCAUCAAAUAAGCCAGAUCAAAAAAUUUCUUUAUGUCUAGAUUCUCCAAAGACAAAUUUCCAUUCAUCAUUAUUUGAUGAUAAUAGAUGGGCUGCGCUUAACGAAGCAUUCUUAGAAGAAUAUUAUAAAAUGUAUGGCAUUUCCCAUAAUGACCCAUUAUUAAUUUAUCUAUCCCUGGGAAUUUCGACACUAAAGACGCGAGAUUGCAUUCAUUCCAAAGAAUUGAAAGAAUCGAUGAACAUAGAAUUGGAUGAGUACAUUAAGUCGGAUGUUCUUCAUAAUAAAUGCCCAGUAUGCACUUCAGAAUUCAGAAACAUUGCAAAAGAUUUACCAUUUGCCCAUCAUAUUCAAUCAGAACUUUUUGAGAAUCCAGUUAUGUUACCAAAUGGAAAUGUUUAUGACAUGAUUAAACUAGUGCAAAUAGCAGAUAAUAUACGAAUCAAUAAUUUGAUGAACUUACAAGAUGAUGAAAUAAUAGACCCUAUUAACAAGGAAGUAUAUAAAAAGGCUCAAUUCAUUAAGAUGUACCCAACUUAG